AUGUCUGUGAGUACCUUUGCUGGAAUCAAGGCUGUGGACACGUACGAUGGGAAAUUUGAUCUCACCAAGGAGUCUGACGACACACUCAGAGCACUGCUGGGCUCAGAGGUGGCCAAGGAGACAGAACAGGCAGAAGGGACACGGGUGGAGUACUCUGGGGUGUUGUUUCAGCCUGUUCCGUGGAGCCCCACCACGAAGAAGGGCAUGCCCCAGGAAUUUGAGAAGUACCAUGCCGAUCCAGACUACGUCAUGAUUAACAUCCCUCCAAACUUCAUGUUCAAGGCGAAGGUCUUCAAGCCCGCCCGACUCUGUGCCAUCUACCGGAAGAUCUGA